UAGUCUAUUUUGUAGGGCAAGAAUUUGCCUGAAAAGACUUGCUGUUGGUGGUGUUUUUUUAAUUUCCUCUGGUGAAUGGCCUUUUGCAGGUUAGCUCUGGAAAGUAUUUUCCAAUUUUCUUUCCCCUGCAAUGUUUUUGAAUGAUUCCGCUAACUCUUCGGAAAGUGAAUAUGAACCUCAUUCUGCCUUUUCCCAGACUGAACACAACAUAGUCGCAUCUUAUUUGAUAACAGCAGGUGUCAUAAGCCUUCUUAGUAACAUAGUUGUGUUAGGCAUCUUUGUUAAGUACAAGGAACUUCGAACAGCAACCAAUGCUAUUAUUAUAAACUUGGCUUUCACUGAUAUUGGAGUGAGUGGGAUUGGCUACCCAAUGUCUGCAGCUUCAGACCUGCAUGGAAGCUGGAAGUUUGGCCACACAGGUUGCCAGAUCUAUGCUGCUUUAAAUAUCUUCUUUGGAAUGGCAAGUAUUGGUUUGCUUACUGUUGUUGCUAUUGAUCGUUACCUGACAAUCUGCAAACCACAUAUAGGUAGUAGACUUACUGCAAGCAAUUACACAAUCCUGAUUCUUGCUGCCUGGAUCAAUGCACUUUUUUGGUCCUCCAUGCCUGUUGUUGGCUGGGCAAGCUAUGCCCCAGAUCCAACUGGGGCCACCUGUACUGUAAACUGGAGGAAAAAUGACAUAUCCUUUGUUUCUUACACAAUGUCUGUAAUUGCUGUUAAUUUUGUUAUUCCCUUAUUGGUCAUGUUCUACUGUUACUACAACGUUUCAAAAACUAUGAAGCGCUACAUCAGAAACAGUUGUCUCGAAAACAUCAACAUUGAUUGGUCUGAUCAAAUAGAUGUAACAAAGAUGUCUAUUGUCAUGAUUUUAAUGUUUCUAAUGGCUUGGUCUCCAUACUCUAUUGUGUGUUUAUGGUCUUCCUUUGGAGACCCAAAGAAAAUUUCUCCUGCCAUGGCGAUCAUAGCUCCACUAUUUGCCAAGUCAUCUACAUUCUAUAAUCCAUGUAUUUAUGUCAUUGCAAACAAAAAGUUUCGAAGGGCCAUCCUUGCAAUGAUCCGAUGUCAAACGCGACAGGAGAUAACGAUCAACAAUGUCUUACCGAUGAGUAUCUCUCAAAGUACCAUUGCGUGAGGAUGCUGAUGGAAAAAAACCCACUGCCACUAUGUUUGCUUGCUAACUUUUGCAUGAGAAAACCCUGGAAGGAAUGUUGGAUCUGUGUUUUGUAAAAUAACGCUGCCUCUUACUGAGUUAGUUGUGUACAUAGCUAGAUGUCUAAUGGCUGCUGCAAGACAAGCAUCAGAGACCUUACUUUCAGAGUUAGCCCUGCCAUAGCAGAAUGAGGCAUCUGCUUGAGGUGACAGAUGCUGGGGGUGGGGUGGGGGUUAGCAGAAAUGGCAGCUCAAAAAUAUUGCUCCUGAAUCCUCUGGCCAUUCCCCUGUGUUGGAGAACAGAGUUUUACAUACCACAUAGCUUGUCCUGGUCCCUCUAAAUUGUCAUGCUACUCUCAGGAGUGGCAGAGGACACUGGCUCACUGACAGUGUUGAUGUAAGGGUCAGUUCCUAGUCCAAUUUGCUGCUUUAUUGACAGAGGAAAGUUGGAGGGGGUUAUCCUGUCCUUUGUGGCAAGCACCAAAUGUAGGUUCAGUCCUGUUCAACUUCUUCAAGGCAUAGGAUGUCCUGCUGUCCACUGAUGCCAUGCCAUCCAGUGGAACAAAGGAACAUGUAGGCCAAAUCCUAUGCUUGGCUAUUCUUUGGAUGGUGCAUGUCUAAUGAUUCACCUGGGUAAUUUUAAGACCUGCACUUACAGAUCUAAUGGCCUCCUUCUUGUCUUUAACAGGCAUGCCUAUUGAUGUUCCGCUCUCUGUCCCCCAGAUAUUUCAUGCCCUGCAGCUGCUUGUAUGUUACUGCUAUGCUAGAGCAAAAACUCACACUAUUUUACCACCAAUGAUAAAAAAUACUUUAUGUAUAUGCACUCUCCUGUUUUAAACUCAAAUCACAGCACUAUUGUGAAUAUAGGAAUAAAAUGGAGUUUGCUUCUGCUGGCCAGAAGCUGAGCAGAUUUCCUUGGGAAUAGAUGCCAAUUUGUAGUAUAAACAGAAAAUACAUUUAAAGGUAAAAAUAACCAAAUGGGCACAGCUACUAAUGUGGUGUAGUGGUUGGAGUGUUGGACAACAGCUCUGGAGGCCAGGGCUGGAAUCCCCGCUCAGCCAUGAAAACCCACUGGGUGACCUUGGGCAUGUCACACUCAUUCAGUCACAGAGGAAGGCAAUGGCAAACCCCUUCUGAACAAAUCUUGCCAAUAAAACUCUGUGCUAAAUUUACCUUAAAGUAAUUAUAAAUCAGAAAUGACUUGAAGGCCGUAGCAACAUCCAUCUUUCCCUGAUUAUAAAAUGCUUUGGGAAAUAAUACGAAUGAGAAGCUACUGGGCUCUCCAGUAUCAGCCCUGCUGUGUUUCCAUAUGGUUAUGAUGGCCCAGUUGCUAAUGCUGAUCCUGUUUGGCACUGUCCACAUGUCUUAUGGUCUCUGCUGCUUCUUUGGGGGUCCUCUGGGUUGCAUGCCAAUGAAUUUCAUCUUUAAAAGCCAGCCCUUAUUGUACCCCUGAUUGUGCCAUUAGUGUCCAUAAUAAAACAAAAGACUUUGGCAAUGAGCGCUGUUGAACAGUUUGCAUUUGUGUUCUUUUCAUUGGUUAUGAGUCAUGUGUUUCUUGAGUGAAAGAAUAAAGAUUCAGGGAAAGCCAAAAGGAGAAAAAAAAAAACCCCAACACAACCCAUAAGAUAGUAAGAUAUGUUAUAUUUUUUAAAAAAUGUUCAUAAUGUUCAUUCUUAUCUUGUUCCCUAUAAGAAAUUACAUUCAUGGACACACACACAUACACAAAAGGUGUGAUUUAAUUUUUGUUUGUUUGUUUCGGAAUAAUUCUUAUUAGCUUUAACUGGAAAUAAUCCUAUGAGACAAAAUAAUUACUUCUGAAAAACAGUCUGUGCUAAAAGCCAACUAUUUGACAGUUUUUAAAGAAAGAGCAAAGGAUAAACAGUUUAAGUUUCCAAUUAAUAGGGGGCACUUGUCAAGAUUAUUGCUCUCUGUUGAUUAUUGGUACCAUCUGCUGCUAAUUAUAACAAUAUUUAAUUAAAGACCAGUCUGUUUAAGUUUUGUGUGUUUAUCUCUGAAUCUGUAAGGUAGUUUUAUCCAACUGUUAUCUGAGGUUUUUAAAAUAUUGACUUUUUGAGUAAGGCAGAAAAACAUUCUUUGAUCCAAGCUAUUGUACUGCUAAUACUGAUUUUUUGCUGCAUAAAAUGUGUCCUUUGCAGUGCUCAAACUGUAAAAGAGUUUUUUUUAUUA